AGUAAGGGGUGGUUAGGCGUCCGAUGACGCUUUUAAGCAUAUCUGGCCCAAGUUUAAGGAAAAUUAAUGUUAAGUAGCCGGUUGGAUUCUAAUAACACUUUUCAGCAUCGUCGGCUCCUUUUUCUCUCUGGCCGAAACUCAAGUUCUCUUGGAUGCUCCAGGAACCUUCUAGACUCCAAGAAUCCUCCCAGACAGGGAGAAGGGCCCAGGUUCUCUCGGACCCCCUUCGACGAUCCGACAGUGGGCGUCGCGUACAUCCUCCCCGUGAGCAGGGUCACCGAUUACAGUGGGCACUGGUCCCCUUACGCGCUAGGCGAGGUGGCGCUGGCCGCGCUGCAGUGCUACCUCCCCUGCAACGAGGCUUACUCGGCAGGGGAGGAUUCCGACGAGUCGGAUCUGGCGGACGCGCUGGUGGAUGCCUAUUCGUAUGACAAGUUUCGGAUGUACGAGUUUAAAGUUCGGCGAUGCGCGAGGGGGCGUUCCCAUGAUUGGAUGAAGUGCCCCUACGCCCACCCGGGUGAGAAAGCUCAUCGGAGGGACCCCCGGAAGUACCCUUACUCUGGCACUGCCUGCCCGGACUUUCGGAAGGGCAACUGCAAGUGAGACGAUGCCUACGAGUUCGCCCCUGGGGUUCGAGUGCUGGCUCCAUCCAUCACGCUACCGGACCCAACCAUGCAAGGUUGGCACUGCCCGCCAUCGCCGCAUCUGCUUCUUCGCCCACACCUCGGAGCAGCUUACCUAUUUUGCUUUUUAAACACAAACUAUGUGAGAGACCAUCGCCGGAUGUGAGAGGUGGGAGGUGAUUAACCCCUUCGAUGGUUAGAAGCGCCGGUAUUGGGCGGCGUCCGGCGGCGCUAACUAAAGCAUCGGCGGAGCCCAUUAUUUGCCGACGCUUUUUAGAGGCAUCGGCAAGCUUUUUCGCUGAAAAAAAAUUACCGACACUUUUAUUUAGUGUCGGCAAUGCUCCUUUUUUUCUAUAGUGUACCCAUUGAGAUGACAGCUUUAUCUGAAAAGAGUCGAGAGAUUUAGUCGUAUGUAUUGAUAAUGGAUUUGUGCAAUGAUUUAUAGUUUUAUUCUAUUAUUAAUAUG